UUAUAACUGCUCAAUGUCACUCGUCACUAAAGAACACUAAUAACAUUCCAAUUUGCAAGUGAAAACAAAAAUUGUUUUUAAAAUAUGAAGGAAAAAAUGAGGCGGAAUUUUUGGAUUUCCUCUGAAAUCGAGUGUAUGUUAAAUUUGCUGCGUGAAGUUUAUAGAAUACAAGGCACCACUGCAACAACAAAUUACACGUUUAUACAAAUUGCAAACAAGAUGAGGAAGAAGGGCUUUCCCAACAAGUCGGCCACACAAAUACGACGAAAGUGGUUUCAAAUGAAGUCGGCUUAUUUGUGCUAUAAACGCGGAAAUGUUGAGAGGUUGCUGCUGAUACCUGAGAAAUUUCGUCCUAUAAUAGCGCAAUUUGUUGAUAAGGAAAUUAAACCAAAUUACCGCGAGCUGUCACCAUCUCCAGAACCUGAGCCAGCACCACAACCGACACCAUCGCCUCCACCUGCACCAGCACCAGCACCUGUUCAAACACCUAUAAUGACAUAUAGUAGAUUGAGAGACACAUCCAAUGCCAGAAGUGGACCAAAAAGCGUUAACAGUGAACUGAGAUAUGAUGAGUUUUUCUCCGAAAUAAAGCAGACACACAAAAUUAUUAACAGCACCUUUUCGAGUAUGCAAAAAAUUUUAAUGGAUUUCGAACAUGAGUGCCAAGCUGAGAGAGAUGCUAAGCUUAUUACAUUUAUAAACAGUAUGAAAUAUGAUUUUUAAUAAAAAGUAAAAUUUGAAAUA